AGAACAAUUUUAGUUGAAUUUUGCGGUUUUAAUUUGAAUAGAAAAAUAUAACAAGAUGGAAGUGAAGAAAGAACCUAAUCAAUGUCGUUUGUGUUAUACACAAGCUGUUGAAUACUUUGAUAUAAUCGAGAAUUCCGCAUCGAUGCCGACUAUAGUCGACUCACUGAAACAGUAUUUUCACGACGAGGUCAACAAUUUGGACAUUUUGCCAAAAAUAAUUUGCAUCGAAUGUUGGGACAAAGUUGAAUCAUUUCGUAAGUUUUCCGAAGAGGUCAUCGCAUUGCGCGAAGAGUAUCUGCGACAACACCUCAACAGUGCGGUCAAAGAUGAAGACUAUGGUGAAUACGCAGUUUCAAAUAUUGAGCCAGUCCAUCAGGAAAUGGUUUGUGUUGACCCAUUGAGGCCCGUCAAUAUGAUAAUGGAUGAAGGAGUUGAGAAUAUGGCAUUAAAAGAAAGCAAACUUCAUUAUGGGUCAGGGAUUGAACAGGGAUUCUCAGUUGGUGAUGAGGACGAUGGUAGUAGUGAAACUUAUGAUGAACUGAUUGAUCGCAGUGAGCUGCCAGAGAGUGGCAAAGGCAUUCGACGUCCACGGAACAUCAGUGAAGUCAGCCCCGAACAACAACAGCAAACUUAUGACCAAUACUGCGACAUGAGUUGCGAUUAUUGUGACACGACUUUUGGAACAUUCGAAGGAGCCAUCCAACAUUAUAAAGUGAAGCAUAACAAUCAGCCCAAAGGCUAUGUAAAAUGUUGCUCAAUGAAAUGGUUACGACGUUAUCAUUUCCAUUCCCAUAUUGUGUGGCAUUUAAAUCCAGAAUUGUUCAAAUGCCAGAUUUGUGGAGAAGUAAAGAAAACUUAUCAAUCUUAUCAAUAUCACAAAUUCAAACAUUUCAACCAAUUCACGUGCGAUAUUUGCCAGAAGGUAUUUACCGUAUUCAGCUCCUUAGAAUAUCACAUUCUAAAUGUACAUGCAACUAAAGUGAAAUUCCCAUGCGAUCAAUGUGAUCAAAGUUUCAAGUCUCGAAAGCAUUUGGAAUUUCACCUGAAAAUGACUCAUUCGAAUGGUUUAGAAGAUUAUAUAAACCAAAUAAAAUAUAUGGAGUUCAAUACAAGCGAAGUACGGAUAAAAAGUACAAUCGAGAAAUAUUUCGAUCGGAAAUGUGAACAAUGUGAUGUUCAGCUUGAUAGUAUCACAAUGGCCAGAAUACACUAUUCAUCAGAACAUAAAAAUGAGAACGGUUAUCUCCGAUGUUGCGGAACUAAAAUGUAUAAUAAAAAAACAAUUUUGGAUCACGUUCAAUGGCACAUCGAUCCAGACACGUUCAGAUGUCGAGUAUGCAAGCUAGAACACAUGCAUCGACAUACUCUCGUUUCUCACGUGAAACGGCAUAAUGCCUUAUCAUCACAACAAUUUAUAUGCAACAUUUGUGACCGAUACUUUGCGACCAACGCACUACAUAGAACACAUAUGGAACUCAAACAUCCAGGAACAAUACAACCGAGCUCUUCAUCGAUUGAAACGAAUUGUAAUGAAAACAAUGGAAAUGAUAUAGGGAUACCGAGCUAUGUCGAUGCCUCGUGCGAUCUGUGUUCAGUAAAAACGUUUACCUCGUUCAAAGAAAUGCAAUCACAUUAUUUAGAUAUUCACAAAUUAGUCGGGUCGGUAUCGUGCUGCCAGACGAAGUUCUCAAAAUUAACUCAUAUCAGAGACCACAUUGCAUGGCACAAUAAUCCGGAUAUUUUCAGAUGUGAUGUUUGUAAUAAAUCGCUGCCAAACCGAUACAGUUUAAAACAACACAAUGAUUGGCAUUCAAAUAAGUAUUAUUGCGACACGUGUCAGAAGUCGUUUAAAAGUAGAAAUCAAUUCAAAGACCACUUGAAAUUACAUAAAAAUCGUAAUAGCGAAAAACAACGCAAUUUCAUUUGCGUUGUUUGCGAUAAAGGAUUUCGUAGCCAAAAACAUCUAAAUAACCAUCGUAGAAGACACGAUCUACAGCACGAUCAGAUUUGUGAGGUCUGUGCAAAGACAUUCAAAACGAAAGCGGAACUGAAAGCCCAUCAGGAAACACACACAAGCCGAAGUUCAAAGCCCAAAUGGCAAUGUAAUGUGUGCAACGGAUGGUACUCGAACCAAUACAAAUUGGCUAAACAUAAAUUGACACACGAUUCAGAGCCGCAGAAAUGCAAUCAAUGUGAUAAAAUUUCUCCUAAUCCAAAUGCGCUGAAACAGCACAUUCGCAUGGUUCACUGUGAAUUGAAAUUUAAAUGCCAUUUAUGCGAGAAGUCGUUCAAGUCACAAGCAACACUGAAGAAAAUUUCGACAUUUACUUUAGGACCACAUCGCAACGCAUCUGAACAAGACCAGCUACAAGUGCACCUUUUGUGAUGAGACGUUCAUUUGGAGGCCAAACAUGUACAAACAUAGAAAACAGCAACACGAAGAGGAAUGGUUGGCUGAUAAGGCGAAGAGAGAAACGGCAAAAAUGAAUCCUUAAAAAGUGUGAAUGGCUUAGGAGACCAACAGCAUCCAUCUUACCAUAUAAACAGAACAUUUUUGUUUAUUUCGAUUGUAUAAAUUAGUUAUAUUGUAAGAUAUGAAUAGCGAUAUAUCGACUAGUAAAUGAAAUUUCACGGUCAUUCCUGUUGUGAGUGUUUUGUUGACUCCGAUAAUUUCUCUUUGUGGUAAGAGAGUGAGUCUUGUAACUGUUUGACUUCUUUUGCUUUUGCUUGGCACUUGAGUUUUAAACGGUUGAUUUUUUCGUUUGCUUUGAUGCAUUCCAAAUCAGUCAGUAAGAGACGGGCAUAUUCUCGUUGACUGAUACAAACGGUCACUUCGUUUUCAUUAGACGAUGUAUUUGCGUUG